AUGCCCAGCAUCACCAUCACUGAUGGGUACACCUUCAAUAAUUGGGGUCCGUUGACCACCACCUUCACCGCGCCCGCCAGCUGCGCAACUUUCAAUGAUUACAUCAUCAGAUCGAAGGAGCCGAUUGUUCUCUCUCAAUUUGCGGCGCAAUGCUCUACAAUUGGUUAUUAUCAUGAUUGUAUUCCGACAGGCACCACUUCCCUACCUACUUCCCAGAGUAUCGAUCCGUAUACUAUGUACGAUCAAGCAUACUACUCCCCGGGCCUACAUUGUCCGUCUGGAUGGAAAACAGUGGGAGUUGCCGCCCGUGAUGGUGACAAGUCCGUAAGCUCGUCUGGGGUUUUAAGUGUCGCGAGCCCUACCGAAACUAUCACGGGAACCGUCGACAUCCCGAAACAACUAAACCCAGUUACGCUGUUAGGGAAAGUUUUGGACCCAAGCGAGACUCUGGUGAUUUGUUGCCCGAGUUCUAUGACCGCAGACCUUGAUGUCGGCGGCUGUUACUCAACUGCCUCUGCUUACAAGCCCAGCAUCGGGUGUGCUGCUAACCUUCCUAUUUCGGAUUUUGGCACAUCCACAAAAACCCACGUCGUGAAUGGGACUACCUCGACCGAACUCCUUCUUUCCCUUACUUCUUCCCAUCCCAUGACUGCUGUUACGACAACCUUCGCGGCUUCAGAUGUGAAUGACUAUAUCGCACUCUCUGUUCUACCUAUGAUUCCACUAGUGCACCAUCAGUCUGACCUUAAGGACCUUAAUGAAACAGGAACAUCUGGAGCUGGGUCCACAAAGACCGGCUCCAUAACCGCUGCAUCCACCACGGCUCCCUCUACGUCUACGUCUACUCCGAACUCUGCGGCAAGAAUCGCCCCAAGGGUCAACUUGUUGAAUGGACUUGGUAGCGUCCUAACUGUAUCGCUCGCUGCGUCUGUUCUAGGUGCGGCUGUCAUCUUCUCGUGA